AUGUCCAACUUCUGGCCAUUUGGGCAACCAUGGAAUAAUGGUAAUAAUACCAAUAUUAAUAACAUUAAUAGAUUGUUAGACGAGUAUCAUCAAUUGGUGAAUGAUUUAGAGAUUCAAGGUAAACUGCAAGGUUUGAUGCUGAAGAACUCGAAUAAGAAAUAUAAGGAAAAUCAUAACGAUGAGAACGAUAAUAAUAUAAAUGAAAUUAGUAAUGAGAUUAGUAACUCAUCGAGUGAUAGUUUGAUUAUAUCCAAAGAAAAAGAUAAUAUAGCAUCACAAGGUGUUACUAAUGAAACUAACACAGUUAUAAAUAAUAAUAGAGAAAUUAUUGAUAAUACUAAUAAUAAUAACAAUCGUGAUAAUGUUGCUGAUAAUGGUAAUAUCAGCAAUGACAACAGUAAUAAUAAUAAUAAUAGUAAUAAUGCUUUUAAUGAAAAUAACGAUACUACUACUACAACCAAUGAUAAUAAUGAUAACGAUAACAACGACACCAACGAUACUAAUGACAUAUCAACAAUAGAGAUAACUCAUAUAGAUUCUAUUGUUAAUUUGCAACAGCUUGAUCAUUCGUUUAUAGAUAAUGUACUUAACGAACCGGAAUUAUUGAAUGAAUUAAAUAGACAAAACAAUCUACUAUUGGAUUUCAUUUGUUUGGGUUUUUUUUAUGAUGAAACCUCUAAAACUAUGAUAAAUAAUAUAGAUUAUUUGCUAACAGAAUUAUUAGUAUCAAUUAAAAAUAUCUCAGCAGAUCAAAAUAAUGAUAGUGGUAUAACUAAUAAUCGUAACAAUAAAUCUGCAAAUGAUGAUCCAUCCCUUGAUGGUGAUAAUAUAACUGAUAGCAAGGAAAAGGAUAGCACCCAUGCUUCAGUUGACUUAACCGCCAAUUCUUUGCAAGACGAUGAAAUAAUCAAUUCUUCCAAAAUAAAUCCUAAUGAUAACAAUUAUAGUAAUUCAGAUUUAAAAUUAUCAGAUUUAGAACCAAAUUCUAUAUCAAAUUCGAAUGAUAAUAAUGCAACCUAUGAGAAUGAUGAUAUUACAACUAAUAAUAGCAAUACUAUUUCACCUUCUGUUUCUUCUUCUAUCUCGUCAUUAAUUGAAGAGCCACCAUAUCCUAAAUAUUUAAAUAGAGCUACCAUAAUAUCGGAGAUUUUUUCUUUAAAUAUUUGGCUAAUAACUGAUAGUGUGGUAAAAAAUAGUCAAUAUUUAGCAAAAGUUUGGUCAAUUUUAAAUUUUAUUAAUAUUAAUAAUAAUAAAAACAAUUCUCCACUAAUUUCUAUCUUUUUAAAGAUUAAUCAAAAUUUGUUGUUUACCAAUCAAGAAUUUUACCUCAAUUUUAUUAAGCUAAAUUUAAACUUUACAAAUAUUUUGUUGAAAUUUAUUAAAAUUUCUCCAUUAAUAGAUUUUUUCAUUAAAUGUAUCUCCACUGAUAAAGUUGAAACCCCAACAGGUAUUAUUGAUCUAUUAUAUAAUCAGAAUUUUAUACCAAAAUGUUUGAAAUUUUUUGAUAAUAAAAAGUUUUCGGCUGAUAUUCAAAACUCAAUUGGUGAUCUUCUUAAGGCACUAAUUACUAUAUCAUCAAACACUCCCUUGGAUGAUAUGUCUAUUGGUCCGAAUAUUUUAACAAGACAAAUGGUUUUGCCAAAUACUAUAGAUAAAUUUAUUAAUAUCAUCCUAUAUUAUAAAGGAAAUUCUUUAAACGUUAUUAUUUCUAUUGUAAUUGAAUUGAUUAGAAAAAAUAAUUCGGAUUAUGAUCAAAUUAAUCUUUUGAAUACAACUAUAAAAUCAUAUCCUCCAACAAAUAGGGAUCCAAUUUACUUAGGCUUUUUGUUAAAGAAAUUUUCUCUUAUUUUACCAGAAUUAACAUCAUUAAUCAGAAAUGAUAACAUAGACAGUGUCACAAAAUCUACUAUUAUUUUAAAGAAUCAAUUGAAUGAAGAUUAUAAACCUCUGGGAUUUGAAAAAUUUAAAAUUAUUGAAUUGAUCGCUGAACUAUUACAUUGUUCAAAUAUGGGACUGAUGAAUUCGAAGAAAGUUGAAAAAAUUAUUAAAGUAAGACAUAUUAUCCGGAAAAAGAUAUUAAAGCAGAUACGAUUGGAUUAUAAUAAAGUUCAUUGUACUAAUACAGAUGAUUUACUUCUAGCAAUUAAUAACUUAUCAUUAGAUGAUAUAAGGGAUGGAGAUGGUAUGAUUAAGUCAACUUCUAAGCUAAAUAUAACUACAUUUGAUGAAGGCUUACAACAAAUGGUAAGCAAUACUUCAAGAGAUGAAUACACCUGUGCAUCUGACGUCGACAAUACUAAACUUAAUUCACUUAAUGAUAAUGAAUCUUCUAAUGAUAUUAAUGAUAAUAUGACACCUAAUACUAAUGAUGAUGGCAGUGCACAAAACUUUAGUUUAGAUGAUGAUGGAAUAAGUGGCAUUAGUGAUUUAGACGAAGAGCAGCUUAAAAAUAUUGAAAAUAUCGAUGAGGAUUUGAUAAAAGAUGAUGAUAUUGAUGAAAGCUUUGAAAUUCCAUACAUCAAUGAUAACCAGAAUUCAAAAUUAAGGAAAAAUUCAACUAUUGGGGAUUUAUUUAAAAUCAGUUUAUAUGAUUCUAGGUUUAUUAUCAUAUCUAUUAAAUCAUUUCUAACAAAUCCUUGGAAUAAUUUUUGGCACAAUGUAAUAUUCGAUAUUAUACAUCAAAUUUUCAAUGGUAGAAUGGACUUCACUUAUAAUUCAUUCCUAGUAUAUUCCUUAUUUGAUUUGAAUGGCUCAUUUAAAUUUAUUCCUAAUGUUAAUGAAAAUAGCAAUUCUGUAAAAUCUGAAGUCCCAAAUAAUACAUUGAGUGAAGAAUGUAAUUUUUCGAUUAUUAAUGAUUUUAUAUUAAAAGGCUAUAAAGACUCCUAUCAAUUUUUCAAAAAAACGAAUAUGAAUUUGGGUUAUAUGGGACACUUAGUUUUAAUUGCUGAAGAGGUUGUGAAAUUUUCAAAGUUAUAUAAAGUGGAACUAAUUUCUCCGACUAUUAACGAUAUAUUACAAGAAGAAAUCUGGCAAUCAUACACGGACAAUAUUUUAAAUGAAACAAGGAUAAUGUAUUCAAAGAUAUUAGGUGGAGGCACCUUUAUUGACGAUGGAAAUGGUAAUAUCAUACCACAGAUGGUCGAUCCUAAUACAGACUCUUCACAACCAGAUGACGAUGGUAAUAAUAACAUACUUGGCAAUAAUUUGAAUGAUCAAACUCAAGAGAAGGAAUUAUCAUUUUCAACAGAAUUAAAUUUACAUAAAAUGAUUGGUAACAAACUACUGCAUGAAACUCAAUUGUAA